UGACUCACACUUCAUGGCUCCCCUCUCUAAUGCACAUUUACCUCUUCCCACACUCCUCACUUGUCUACUCCUGGGACACGAGCACCUGGCAGCUCUGAUGUGAAUACUUAAAUGGUUGAAGAAACCCAAAUGCAAGAAAACAACUGGCUGUGAUGCAUGAGUUCUGGGAGUGGAGUAGAGUAGUGACAUGGGAAGUGUAGUAUGGAGAAGAAAGCAGUGAUUUCCUGAGACAAGGAUGGCCAGAAGUGAAGAGAGAAAGUUUGAGAAAAUUUGGGAAGAGAAUAAAAACUGAGGCCCAUGUGAAGUGAAGCAGCUACUUGUCAGAAGGAAAUAAUGAGCAAUGGUCCCCACAAGUAACAGUUGCUUGUGGAAGAGGAACUGGACCAAUGACAGCUGUCCAAGCUUGUGCAGUAUCCCCGCCAAUAUGGAUAUUCCCUACAUUACGGUCGAGGUGCUCAUUGCUGUGCUGGCCUUGUUCAGUAAUGGUUUAGUGUGUGGCUCGGUCCUGAGGUCUGGAAAGCUCCGCACAGUCACAAACAGCUUCCUGGUGAGCCUGGCAGUAGCGGACAUACUGGUGGGAGUCGUGGUGGUACCAAGUGCCAUCCUUUCUGAUCUUGGGAUACCUCUGAGGACCUCUCCAAUCUGUGUACCCAUGACCUGCUCCUUGCUGGUCCUCACACAGGCUUCCAUCUUCGGUCUGCUGCUGAUCUCCGUGGAAAGAUUCAUCGCAGUCAUGCAACCGCUCAGUUACAAUGUCUUCUUGCGGCCUGCCAGGGUAUGUCAGAUGAUUUGUGGCUCCUGGGUGCUAGCGUUUGCGGUGGGACUGGUUCCAAUGAUGGGAUGGAACAAGAAGCCAAAAUGUGACAGUACCCCCUGCAUGUUCAAACAGGUCAUCAAGGAUACUUACAUAGUCUACUUCAACUUUCUGUGCUUCAUACUGGUGCCACUUCUCAUCAUGCUGGUGCUGUAUGGGCAGAUAUUCUGGGAGGCCCGCCAGCAAAUCAGGCGCUGGGCUGUGAAAAGUCCAGAAGUAGCACCUGAGUGCAGGGAUAAGCUGCGCCCUGUGACGCUGAGGAAGGAGGUGCGCACAGCGUUUUCUCUGGGGCUGCUCAUCUUGGCAUUCUGCAUCUGCUGGCUGCCCCUUUAUGCUAUUAACUGCUAUGAGCUCUUUACAGACUGCUACACAGUGCCAGGCUACAUAACUAAGAUUGCCAUAAUCCUGUCACAUGCCAACUCUGUAGUCAACCCAGCACUCUAUGUGUUUCGGCUGCGCAGCUUCCGCUUUGCCCUGCGCCGUGCCUUGGGGUGUCCACCAGGGCAGUCACGGCCUCCCAAAGAUUACUGGUGUGCCCCACAGUGCCCUCAGCCAGUUAAGAAAAAUAAGGACCAUGGCACCCUGGGCAAAGAGAUGAACACUUUCUUGCCUGGAAUUUAACUGGAAGAACAAAUUGGGUGGGGUUCUUGAAGAGAUGGUGGACAUGUGGAGAAGUGGGCUUGUUUUAAUUAAGUCUUUGUUUGUAAAGCUUUCCUUAUUAUGCCAUGCCUAAGUCUGUCCCGGCUGAUAAAAUCCCUGGAUGGGAAGCCAGUAGGCCUGGGUAAAAAUAUUGAUUUUCUGAUUGUUAUUUUUUUGUUUAAAGUAUCAAUUCUUAAAGUUUUAAGGUCAAUCGCAUGAAUCUCUAUCCUCUUCAAUUAUUAAGUCUAGAUUUUUGCUAAUUUUCGUUUUUGCUAUUUGAUCCAGUAGAUGGUACUAAUGUGCCUGUUAUGUCUUUCUAAGGAAAAAGCACUUUACUGUCUUGCAUAAAUUGGUGUGUCCUCUUUAACUGAAAUCAGCGUCUUCAACACUUAAAUCAGAUAUGUGGACAGCUGAACAUCCAGGGCAGGAGAUUCCUACGUGACAAUCAUACAUUAAAAAUGAACGGGCACCUGUGGCGGACAUGUUUUACAAACCUCACUGCCUAUAUACAGAGCUGCUGAGAUGAUUCACUGGUGUUUCAAAAACCUUUCUAGCAUUUACAAUGUGCAAUCACAAGUUUGUGUGUUGUCAACUCCAAUAAACGUUGCUUCUCUUUAAGCAUGUGGUUAGUUAGCUGUACUGCUGUGGUGGAAAAAGUUUGUAACAAACCUCACCUGACAAAGCAAGCGGGCAGUUGCUGGAAUUUUCACAGCAGCAUGCAAAAGUGAGUGAGUGAGUGAGUGAGUGAGUGAGUGUGCAAAGCAGCCGACUUGAAGUAGCUCCAUAACAGCUGCUUCUCAGUCACUAUGGCCGUUUCUCUUUUAUGUUCCACUCAUUCAGCGCUGUUGUCAAGAAGCAACAGCUCUAGAUCCUCACUUUAAAAUGCUUGGACUGCGAGGACACAUCUUUGAGACUUAUUAAUGUGACUGCUACAAGUGAGCAAAAGAAUUCUAAAAAGACACAAGUCUUCCUGCUGUAUCUUUAAUUUUGAAUAAUUCAAGAUUAUUUUACAUGUCCAAUAGGGGAAUACAUUUGGAUAACAGUUUAGUUCAAGGGUGUCGACGUGGAGAUUCAUAACACACAAUUAGGUUAUUGAAUAACAUUUAUUAUUUAAGAAGCAAUAUUUAAUUGUUUUAUAAUAAUAUUAUUUGAAGAUGAUACAGAUGUUUUAUAAAGUAGUGUCAUUGCAUUGUAUUAAAACAAGGAGCUGCCCCAUAAUAUGUGUGGACUCUGAUGUGCAGAAUCCAUUGUUAGUUAAAUUAUGGUGAAUUCUGAAUGAGUGCAAUGCUGUGAAAAAGAUUUUGUGUGUUUUUAUUUAUUUUUUAUUUUUUUAAGAGCAAUAAGAUUUUGUUCCACAUCUUGCAAAUGCCGAUGUUAACUGUUCGUUACUAAUCAUGUAUUGCUUUUUAAAUGUCAUUCCAUGCUUAUGCACAUGCUGUGAAGUCACUUGAA